AUGGAGUUCCCCUAUUAUAAUACCACAUCUGAAUCUUCGCUUGUCUCAGAAUUCCCUUAUGAUUCUAUUUUUUCUAAAUCUUAUGACUUUCAAUCUAGCACUUAUGAUAAUUAUAUAAUUAAAAAUGAAGCACUUGAAUAUUACGGCUUUCAAUAUGGUGGUUAUGAUAAUAGUAUGAUUAAUGAAGUUUAUCCAGAAUACAUAGAUGCAGACAAUGAAACCCAAGUAGAGGAUACAAAUGAAGUUCACAAUGACGAUUGUGGUCAACAAAGUGAUGAAUUAUAUAACAGUGAUGAUGAAAAACAAAUGAAACCAUUAGUAUUAACUCAAGAAUUACAAUUUGAAACAUGA